GAUUCCACCGUGGUGUUAAACGGAGUUCAAAAUGAUAUUUUUUAAAUUUUACUUUUGAGACUAGAAAUUAAACUAAAUUUGAAAUCUAAACACAAAUUAGACACACUAACCACUUUUAUAUAACAAAAGAUUAUAUGGAGUGAAUAGAGUAAAAGGAGUCCACAUCCCGAACUCAACAUUUAUAAAAUUAUUUGACAAUUUGACAGUGACAUUCCAGAAAAUAAACCAAAACCACACAUCAAAAAUAAAAAAAAAAACAGCUUUGAAACCAGUCAAUUUAAAUAAACAAUCAGUGAUUCUUAUUCAUAUUUUAUCGUUUAUUGUAAAAUAUAUCAGGAAGGAGAUAACGUUACGUAAAUACUUAAUGACCUCGAAAAUGAUUUGGAAUAAAAUCCAGUCUGUGUUUGUGUGCAGUCUGUUGCGAAAUUCGUUAGAAGACUAGUACUAGAUAUCUACAGACAUAAAUACAAUUAUGGAAGGAAGAGUUUUAUCCAUUCAAAGCCAUGUUGUAUCAGGAUAUGUUGGAAAUAAAAGUGCAGUGUUCCCUAUGCAGGUUUUAGGAUUAGAUGUAGACUUUAUUAAUUCUGUUCAAUUUUCAAAUCAUACAGGAUACAAAGUUGUCAAAGGACAAAUUCUAACAAAGAUUUAGAAGAUCUGAUUGUUGGUCUGUCUGCAAAUGAUAUUGAUCUAUACUCACAUUUACUAACAGGAUACAUUGGAUCUGUAUCAUUUUUAAAUCAAAUUAUUGAUACUAUAAAACAUUUGAAAGACAAAAAUCCAAAUUUAAUAUAUGUUUGUGAUCCAGUAAUGGGCGACAAUGGACAACUUUACGUUCCCAAAGAAUUGGUUCCUAUAUACAGGGAAUCAGUCAUUAGACUAGCCAGUAUUAUAACGCCAAAUCUUUUUGAAACAGAACAAUUAUCUGGUAUAACUAUUAAAGAAACAGAUGACGUUUGGAAAGCAAUCGAUGUUUUACACUGCAAAGGUUGCGAAACAGUUAUCAUAUCUUCAGCAGACAUACCAGAAAAACCGGAUCUUUUAUCUAUAUUUGCAAGCAGAAAGAAAGGGGUUUCACACGAGAAAUAUAUUAUGGAAAUAAAAAAGCUUCCCGUGGCCUUUACGGGUUCUGGUGAUUUAUUUGCAUCCUUAAUUUUAUCCUGGAUGCAUAAAACGGAAAACGAUUUAAAACUAUCGUUGGAAAACACAGUAGCAUCCUUGCAAUCUGUUCUCGUUAGGACGAUCGAAGCCAUGCAAGGUAAAGAAAAUACCGUCAGAAAUCGGGAACUCAAGUUGUUGCAGAGUAAAAAAGAUAUUGAAGAACCAAAAGUAAUUUAUAAAGCCAAGGUUGUUGAAUAAUCUUACAUAGUCCAAACAUUUUGGUCGUUAUUAGUUUUUUAUAUCUUUAUCUACAAAACUUGUUAGUAUUUUAAAGAUUUUUAUUUUAUUGUUAUUAUUGAUUUUAAUUUAUCCUUAAGACAAUAUGUUGAGAACAUUUCAAUUAUUUUUUUUCAAUAAUUUAAGAUCAAAUCUUUUUUAUUUAAAUUGUAAACUGGAAAUAAAAAAUAUUUUUAUUAUUCUUUUGAAUAAUAAUUAUUGUAUGACAAUAAAUUUUAUUACUGUUGAUUUUAAAUGAAUUUAAUGCUAUACUGUCUUCCUUGAAGAGCCUUACUGAGCAGGACCAGCCAUACUUGUUCAGCAAUGUUAUAUAGUUAUUAAUAAAACAAUAAUAUUU